AAGGAGGCCAUCGCGCCCCCCCUUCCUGGCCAAGCCCGAGUCGACGACGCCAUCAAGGGGCCGGUGGCGGUGAUGGUCCACGACUUCGGCGGCAGGCUCACGUCCUCGUGGGCGUGGUCGAAGCUUGUGUUCCCGCUGUGGAAGGCUGGCGUCUCCGUUUUGAUGGUGGAUUUUCCGGGCUUCGGCUUGAGCCAGGUUUGCGGAAAGGCCGACGUGGACCGCUCGGUUUGGAUCGAGAGGGACUGGCGGAUCGUCACGCAGCUCAUGGACACCCUGAAGAUCCGGAAGGCCCACCUCGUCACUUGUGGGGAGUCUUCCAAUAUUGUUUUCAAGAUGCUCAAGUUUGUCAAGCUGCGCCUUGAGAUCACGCACGUCUUCCUCAAUCCGGUGGGCCCGUCUUCCGAUCUCCCGCGCCUUGUCAUUAUGUUCCUCCUUACUUCCUCCGUCUCC